GUACAAGGGGAGAAGCAGAGAGCGAAUAUCAAAAGAGAAAAGAGGAUGGUGGGGGUCGAAGAUCGGACUACGACACAGGUUCAAAUACGCCGUCACGACGCGCCAGUGGACAAGGCGUCGAGGAAUACGGCACUGAUCACAUCAAUUCUUCGCGGAGCUCAUUGGAAUCUGGCGCAAUCACGGCGGUGUUGAAGAUUCCAGUGCCUUCUGCAUCAGGGGGCACAAGCACCUCUUUUGCUGUCAACCUGGAUGAUUCAGACAUUCCCUACAUUGAGGACAACCAAGCCGAUCGCCAGCACAUAUCCCUCAGUAUGGUGCGAACAACAUCAUCCACAGCCAACCAACAGCGCACGCGCAGUCAAUCGGGCGGCUCGGACUCCUCACAGGCAUCCACCACGUACACCACACACCACCACCAAAUCCAUCACCACUACCAGGCCACCCCCACUACGACACCACUCUACGCUGACUCAGCAAUCGGCUCCUCGUCCAGUCCACCUCCUCGCAUCACACCUCCCUCCUCCUCCGGAGUCUACAGCUCUCCUCCCUCAUCGUGGGCCUCCUCCUCAACGCCUCCCACCUCUCCCACCUCGCCUCCACCCUCCUACUAUGAGGAGGAACCCACCACGGCACGCAUCAGCAUUCCAACUAAGAAGACAACCCACGACAAUGUGAGGACAAAUUACGACAAUAGUAGGAACCCGACAAGCUUUGACCAAUCUAGGAACCCGAAACCUAUGACCAAUCUAGGACACCGACAAGCUAUGACCACACAAAGACAACGACAGACACAGCCAGACAAGUGAUUCUGCAGCGGGUUACAGUGAAGUCUACAGGGGAACUACAACAUGUGAAAUCCAGCUACAUACAACCUGUGGGCCUCCAUCUACAGGCGACCCCACAAGUCUACGUGCAGCCCAGUACACCUUCCCCACAAGUGUACACAGGUAGCACACCUCAAAGCUACAAUCUACAGUCUUCUGGGUAUAGUCCCACUUCAUCACCACAGUAUGCUUUGACAUCAUCAAGCUCCAGUCCCCAACCGGCUCCAAGGCGUAGAAGCGGGGGCACCUUCCAGAGGUUACUGUCCAGUAGCAGCACAGGUAGUACCUCUAGUAACGUGUCGAAAAGUAUGAGCUCUUCUGCGA